GGGGGACUUUCUCGCUUCCUCGUGCUGUCCAGACCGGGUCGAAAUGUCCGCUCGCUCCCCUCGGAACUAUACUCGCCAAAUACUCAGCGCCCUCGCGCUGUCCAGACCGGGUCAAACAGGCCGCUCGCUCCCCUCUGAACUAUACUCGCCGAAUAAGAAGCGCCCUCGCGCUGUCCAGAUAGGUUCACAGGGACCCGUUGAAAAAAAAACACAAAUAAAUCGCAGAGAGUGUAGCGGAAAGCGUGCCCAAACACACUGCCCCGAAGCACAACCGGGGGUGGCGAAAAAAACAAAAAACAAAGAGCCAUGAGCGUUCGAGACCCCGGGGACCGGGACGACAACCGGGACGACAACCGGGACGACAACCGGUACUCUGACGACUCUGACGACGAAUACGUGUUGGACAAAGACUUUGAGGACUAUGAGAGCGGUCAGGAGAGCGGUCAGGAGAGUGGCCAGGAGAGCGAGGAAGAACAAGAUGAUGAAGAAGAAGAACAAGAAAAACAAGAUGAUGAAGAAGAAGAAGGAGAGGAGGAGGAAGAAGAAGAGGAAGAAAAAGAAGAAGAAGAAGAAGAAGAGAGACAAACAUUUGUGUCCAAAAAACUCACAUGGACACGCGACGACUACGAGCACCGCAGCAUCAGGACCGUCGGCAGCAUCAGGACCAUCGGCAGCAUCCGCCGCCACAGCAGCAUCCGCAGCCACUUUCCACCGUCCCGGGACCCACCCCGUACGCCGCGUCCCUCGCCCGCAACAUUGUCUCCACGUUCCGCCUGUUGUUCACGCACACAAUCGAGAAGCUCAGUCUGGAGAUGACUAACCUGGAAAAUAUGGACAACGAUACGGCUGGUGGAAGGGCAUGGACGAGACCGACGAGCCGCGAGACAAACUGGCCGCGGUCAGAGACAUGUGGGACAGGUGGGCCGAGCGGCUGCCCUACCUGUACAACCCGGGGACCGAGAUAACGGUGGAUGAGCAGCUGGUUCCCUUCAGAGGUCGCUGUCCCUUCAGACAGUACAUGCCCAGCAAGCCGGCCAAGUACGCCAAAUCCAGCUACGCCUGGAAGAUGCAAGUCUACACCGGGAAACCCCUUCCUGCGGAGGUGGCGGCGGCGGCAAGAGGAGGAGGGGGAGGAGGAAGAGGAGGAGGAAGAGCACACCGUCUGCCGCGGGUGCAUGAAAUUUCUCUGCAAAAGCUGCGCGCUCCCCUACUGUCCCGCUUGUGCUGACGAGGCGGAUCGCGGGACCCCGAGGAGGACGCACCGUGUCUACGCAAAGCCAGGGCAGCGGGAGGGUUAAAAGUAAACAAGCUUACGCUGGGAUGACAGCGGCAAAUGUCCAAACAAAGGAAACUCCAAACUGAAACAUAAUCCAUAGGGAAAAUACAGAAAACAGGAACAAAGUAAAAUCCACAAAGUAAAUCCAAAAACACACAGAACAUGGCACAGCAGAACACUCAACACUUGACGUCAUAAUGACUGAACAGAACAAGAAAACAUUUAAACACGAGGUAACUAGCAGGGCAGGACCAAGACCAGGUGGAGGACAUGAGGUAAUUAUACAGAACAUAGACACAGGCAAGCAGAUGAAACCAACUGAGGGGAACAGACAGGGCCAGACCAAAAUGCAUAAAACACAAACUGAACACUCAAUAGAUGAAAACUAAACAGGACAUGAAACAAGCAGACUAAACACUAAAUGACAAACUAAACAUAACAGGAAACAAGCAGGCAAGACUAAACACAGUCAAAUAAACAAUCACCACACAGAGAACACAAACCAACAUUUAGCAGACAGAAAACUAAAUAACACAAAUAAACUACAAUAUAAGACUGAGACUAGGAUAAAACAGAACACAAGUGUACAGCUUGUUGCUGUGAGCUCGAGCUGCAGGUUAGCCGACAGGCUAACAGCAGUGGCACACACAGUGUGGCUAAUGACAGCCAGUUCAGACAGUGUAGGGAGCGUGUGCUUGGUGUGGCUGAGUCUACUGAGACAUAACUUUAACAUAACCUAAAGGAUGAAAAGCAGUAUGUUGAUCUGUGGUUGUAUAGGGAACUGCACUUCUGCAUGUAGGGGCCUCAUUGUAGCCUCAGUAAAGCAGUGGGUAAAGUUCUGUUAAAGAUUUAAGGCUUGAGGUAUUUUAUGUAUUCUCAUUUAUGAUAAAGAAAGAGGUUUAACACUGAAAUGUAUGUAUGUGUCAAUUGUGAAUGUUUUCUUCCCUUCUUUUAUCUUUGGAGAUAACUGAUGUUAUUUUUCUGUGGCUCUAAAGCUGCAACAGGAAAAUAUUUCCAAAAACACUGUGAGAUUAAGGAAAGACUCCCUGAUCGAGGAAAUAUGUUCCCACAAAGAGAAUGAUUAAUGAUGUUGUUUUUCACUAUCCUUUUAAGGAAUUAGAGAAAAGCACCUAAAUUUCAGCAAGUAACAUAGUUAUCAUCUGAAUUUGGGUCUACGUGGAACUAUCUGGUUUCACCAGUAUAUAUUAGAAAAAGAAAGGGUGUUUCUUGACACAUUAUUCCUAAAGCCAGAGAAAAGUGUCUCCGGCUUAAUUGGUCGGUCUCUCUCUCUAAGAUUUGAAAUAAUAACUAAAUACCUUCAUAUCAAUAUCAGUUUAAUCUUUAUUCUCUAAAUUUGUGUCACUUUUAACUAAUUUGAGUGACUCUGGGAUUCCUGGGUAAUCACCACGAUUCCAGAUCCUGACAAGGAGAAUAAACUCUCAUUUCUCUCUCCUUUAAUUUGACUCUUAAGUAAUUUAACUUAUCUAAACGUGUCUUUUCUUUCUAUUUGUUUAUUUUUCUUAAUAAUUAUUUUAUGUAAUCACAAUAUUAAUUGGGGUGGUGCAGUGAUUAGCACUGUUGUCUCACAGCA